UUAUUGGCCUUAUUGCAUAGAAACUAUCAAACCACCAAGUACUAAAAGUAAGACGACUCACCAAACACAUCUUCCUCAUCCUCUCUUACCUUUCAUCACUUUCUCUCUCCUCCCGAGCGAUCUUCCUUGGUCGAUCUCGGCGCUUUCUCUGAUAAAAGUUGUGAAUUUCAAUGGCGUCAAUUGCAUCAAAGCUUCGUCAGUUGCAGUCAAAGGCCUGUCAGGCUACCCAGUUUGCCUCAAAACAUGGGGAAGUCUAUUAUAAGCAGAUGAUAGAGCAAAACAAGGAACACAUUCAAGAGCCUGCCACUGUUGAGACAUGCAACCGAUUGGCGAAGCAAUUGUUUUACACUCGUCUUGCCAGCGUACCGGGUCGUCGUGAAGCAUUCCGUAAAGAAGUUGAUCAAGUAAAGCAGGCAUGGAAGAACAGGAAAGAUGUGAAAGUGGAAGAACUUGGAGUCGCAGCUUUGUUUGGACUGGAAUGCUUUGCAUGGUAUUGUGCUGGUGAAAUCGUAGGACGAGGAUUUACCUUCACUGGCUACAAAGUUUAAGUUGCCUUGAGACUUGUUUUAAGACAAGUUGCCUUCUUUCCAUUCUCUUUUUACCCCAAUUGCCUAGUUGAAUCGAGGAUUUUUGAGAAAUACCAGACAUGAAUAGAGGAUUUUUGUAAUCGAAUCAAAGGAUUGAAGAUCAAUUCCUUUGAAACAUGUCUCCCUCGUUCCUCCCUCCCCAUUUAGAUGACAAUACAUAAAUGGCAAACUUAUACUUCUUAUAUUUGGCUGCUGAUUGCUGUUAAAUGCAAUGUAUUUGACAUUGAAUGGCUUAAUAGUGAAUAACCCUCUUCUUCA